GGUGGUGCGCCAGGGGGUUCAUAAACUAGUGUGUGUGUGUGUGUGUGUGGUCACGAUUAACGACGCAAAAUAGUGUCGUCAUGAGCCGAAUCGCGUCGGAAUUUCUCUGGUGACGUGAGGCGGAUUAUCUUUACGCAACAAUAAGCUUUUAUUACCACUAAAGUUGCAAGUUUGCAUGUUGGAGAGCCCGCGCUACGGAUUGCUACGAGUGCGUUUUUUGUAAAUGUACUGUGCAUCCUCAACUUGCAUUUGCAGCUGAGCCACGUGAAAGAGAAUGAGAGUCAGUGGAUGCAUGUGUCUCCAUCAGUGCCAGUGUUUCUCCGUGAGUUCAGUGACGGCUGCUCCAAAUCAUUGCGCACGGCGCACCAAUUGAAUAAAGACACUCUGUCUCGGCUGUUCUCCAUCAGAGGGGUUUGAACAUCUUUUUAUGAGCGCCUUAGAAAGUAAGGUAAUUUGACGCGUUUGUACAGGUGUGAUUGUGAAUACGCAGCUGUAUUUUCUGCGCAUUGGGCAGGAUUGAGCUCCCGUUCCCCCGUGACGCGCGUCUGGAUGGCAGCUGCUCGCGUCUCUCUGGUUCUGCUCUGAUCCGCUCUGUUCGCGAUGGCAUCACACGGGUUUUGGUUUAUGGGUGCUGAAAACCCGGCUGGAGAUGGCAGUCAAAGUCCGAACACUCCCAGAGCAUGGUGUCAGGCGGCGGCCCAGAAAUUCUCCGGAGGGAUCGGCUCCAAAUUAUGUGCUCUAUUAAAUGUCGGAGAGGCUGAGAAAGCAGCUCAAGCCUCAGUUAAAGCCGAAGAUGAGUCUACAGCAGAGAGCUGCGCCUGUAAUAAACCCUGUAACUGCUCCAAAGCCACCGUGGGUUUCUCUGAUCUCUAUUCAACAGAUCUUUUACCUGCAUUGGACGGGGACGCGAAGACUCUGAAUUUUCUGCAGGAGGUUGUUGAUAUAUUGCUGGCUUAUAUAGUGGAAUCUUUUGACAGAUCAACGAAAGUGAUUGAUUUUCACUAUCCAAAUGAAUUGCUCCAAAGGAAUAAUUGGGAGCUUUCGGACGAACCCGAGACUUUGGAUGAUAUUCUGAUCAGCUGUCGCGCUACGCUAAAAUACGCCAUCAAAACUGCACAUCCCAGGUAUUUCAAUCAGCUCUCCACUGGGUUAGACAUGGUUGGCUUGGCUGCAGAUUGGCUCACAUCCACUGCCAACACCAAUAUGUUCACCUAUGAGGUGGCUCCAGUCUUCGUGCUGUUGGAGUACGUCACGCUGAAGAAGAUGAGGGAGAUCAUUGGCUGGCAGGAUGGUCGCGGUGAUGGCAUAUUCUCUCCGGGUGGCGCCAUUUCCAACAUGUAUGCCAUGCUACUGGCUCGCUAUAAAAUGUUCCCUGAGGUGAAGGAGAAAGGAAUGUCAUCCGUACCCAGACUGGUGGCCUUCACAUCUGAACAUAGUCACUUUUCAAUCAAGAAAGGAGCAGCCGCACUUGGAAUCGGUACAGAAAGUGUCAUCUGUAUUAAAGCUGAUGAAAGGGGUAAGAUGAUUCCUUCCGACCUUGAGAGGAGGAUCAUUGAAGCCAAGCAGAAGGGAGACGUGCCGUUCUUCGUCAGCGCCACGGCCGGCACCACGGUUUAUGGCGCCUUUGAUCCUUUGAUCGCUAUAGCGGACAUCUGCAAGAAGCAUGAAGUCUGGAUGCAUGUGGACGGAGCAUGGGGCGGAAGUUUGCUAAUGUCCCGGAAACACCGGUGGAAGCUGAAUGGAGUCGAGAGGGCUAAUUCUAUGACCUGGAACCCUCAUAAAAUGAUGGCUGUGCCCUUGCAGUGCUCUGCUCUACUGGUUCGAGAGGAGGGACUGAUGCAGAGCUGCAAUCAGAUGCAGGCCUGUUAUCUGUUCCAGCAGGACAAGCACUAUGAUCUGUCCUAUGACACAGGGGACAAGGCCCUGCAGUGCGGCCGCCAUGUGGACAUCUUCAAACUAUGGCUAAUGUGGAGAGCUAAGGGCACUAUUGGUUUUGAGUCUCAGAUUGACAAAUGUCUGGAGCUUUCAGAAUAUCUCUACAACAAGAUCAAGGACAGGGAAGGAUAUGAGAUGGUGUUUGAUGGAAAGCCUCAGCAUACCAAUGUGUGUUUCUGGUACCUUCCACCGGGUGUGCGCAACCUGGAGGACAAAGUGGAGAAGACGAAGCGUCUGCACAAGGUUGCCCCUGUAAUCAAGGCCAGAAUGAUGGAGUAUGGAACGACCAUGGUGAGCUAUCAGCCGCAAGGAGACAAGGUCAACUUCUUCCGAAUGGUCAUCUCCAACCCAGCCGCCACCUUUGAAGACAUUGACUUCCUCAUUGAAGAGAUUGAGCGAUUGGGGCAGGAUCUUUAAAAACUCACCGCACCAAAACCUGUUAUUCUUGUGUCCCUGGAUGGAUCGAAUAUUUGUUGUGAAUGUAACGGUAAAUCUUUGAUUCCUCUUCUCCAAAGUCACAUAAAGAUAGUAUGAUUUAAAAAAAUGACAGUAUGAAAAUAUCUAGACUUUAGUAUUGUAGCGUUGUUGUGGGCUUCGUGCUCCAAAGCCCUGUAAAAGUGUUACCGUCUGCUUUUACUGUCUAUCUUAGUGUCUUUGACAUUACUUUGUUUGUUUACAUGUAAUGAAUAUGAAUAUGAAGAGUUAUUUGCUUCUAUUCAGUGCAGGUCAUAAGUUUCUAUUUGACAAGUAAUUCAAAUUGCCAGGUUUCGUUAAUAUAUAUGACUAUAUUACAAUAGUAAAGACACAUAAUUGUCCAAAAACACUUCAUCAUAACUUAAGCUUUUGCAAUCACAAUGUGUGACUUAUCUUUUAUUGAUAUGUCAAGAUUCAGAAGACUUUUGAGCUGUUGAGUAUCGAGUUUGACCAAGAAGUUCAUAAAUAGUUGAAGGUAAUAAAAGUAUGCGCAAAAAUGAGCACAAAUUUAAAGUUUGACUGCCUGGAAAUUGAUAUUGACAAGAGGCUCCUGAACAGUAAUUUUAUAUAAACAUGCCCCCUUGAUAUGCUUCUGUGCUGCUAAAAGUUAAAAUUAAAAUCAUAAUAAUGAAAACAAAAAAGAAAAGUAUUUAAAAUGUAUCUUCUUGGAAAAGUGCAAUAAAACAGCAUUUGAAUGGCAGUUAUUCUUGGAAACUCGUUGUAAACGUGGCGCUGACCGGGUAAAUGGUCACUUUUAAGAAAAGUCAUAUAAAAAGAAAUCAAAUAUUAUUUAAUACACAAUAACAGCACAUGCACAUUAUAUACUGUAUUUAAAUUAAAACAAAUUUACUCUAAACGUGCAGUAACACGCUUUUCUACAUACAUACUAGCAAUAGAUUUCUUAAUUUACUGACCCGUUCAUGUACUUAUUUAGUUUUCUUAUACAGAAUUAUAGAUAUUCAGGGUAUUAACAGAGCUAAAUUUAAUGUUAUAAAUAAACUCCAAAAAGAAAACAACACAUAAGCAUAAUAGGGUUCUGUACCUAUGAUAGUGUAAAUAGACUUUUAAGAUGUUCUUGAUCAAUUACAUAUCUAUGUGAAUACAUCACUGUACUGUAUAUAAGGCAGAGUCUAUUUGUGUGGUAAAAAAUAUAUAUAUAUUAUUUUCUCUAUUCAACAAAUAUUUAAUCAUAAAUGGUUGUGUGUGCGCGUGUCAGAUGUGUUGAAUAUGAUGACUUAUGUAACUGCAAAGAUAUGUCUAUGAAGGAACUGGCUUUAAAUCCUCUUGAAGCCACUGCAUUUUAACAUACUGACUUGAAAUGAUUAUUAUAGCACAUUUCGGUAGUUAUGAGAGCCAUUUCUGAACCAAUACUGGUUGUAUUUGUGCCCAAGUGAUAAACUUGACAUCCUGUGCCGAUUUGUAUUUUUGUGUGUUUGUAACUGUAUUGCCUUAGUAUUAAUUGCCAGUAUUGUCUAGUUCUCCUGAAAAGGAGCGUGUGCACUUUAGCUUAAAUGUAUGAUGAUGAUCUGUCCAAUGGAUGUUCAUAGUUUGAUGUUUUAAGAAACUGAGCGUUGUCUGAAUGUGUCCCAGCUUGGUUGUUCGUUUCAGGAUGAGAGUUGCUUUAUAGUUAGAUUUGCUAAUGCUACAUUACUACCUGUAUCCUUGUAACGUAACAGUCGACCUUGCUGAAAAACCAACGCUAUCUCAUGACGAAUUCUGUGAGCGAGUAAAAGGUGGCUAAUUCGUAUGAAUUCCUAUGACCUCACUCGUACGAAUUCGUACGGUUUGUCGAAACCCGCGUGAUGGUUCAGUUUAGGUGCGGAGUCAGGUGUAGGUUAUCCAUACAGAUUCAUACGAAUUGGGCAUUUCGAAAAAUAUGUACGAUUUAGCAAAAUUCGAGUAAGGUCUUGUGAAUUCGUAUGAAUUAGCCACCGCGUAAAAUUCGUACGAAUUGCCGUGAGAUCGGGUUGGAAAACCACAACUGAACCCAGUCUCAUCUGGCCUGAGCCGGUUAGCUUUUUCAGCAUGGAAGGAAUGCUAAGUUCGUAAUAUUUGAGAUAUGAGUGUUCUUUCAUCAGAUCGACAAGCUGUGUCACAUAGUUUGUGUAUUUUAAGCAGUUGUAAUCAUGACAAACACAUUGACAUCCUCGACGUGGUAGUCUUGGAACGCCCACCGUGCCGUCUUUCCCCGCCGCUGCUGCUACAAACCUGCUCUCUUUGCACGUGCAUGAACGCCUUGCCUUCCGAGCUUGUGAUAUACAAUCCCAGAUAUUCAUAUAUAAAUAUAUAGUGUAACCUGUGUUAGUUUUAGUGGCAAAUGGAUAGCUUAGCUUCAAAUAUAUAGUACACUGUCGCUAGCUUGCUCACUCUGUAUUAGCAUUACCCAAUGUAUUUAUCUGCUAAGCAAGCAUGUUCUGUGGCUAGAAGUCGUAUGCUUUUGCAACCGUAUCUCUAUCUUUCUCUCUGUCUAUCGCUUUUCCGCAGCUUUAAUACUAUGUGUAGUUUCUUGGCAUGCCUCUGUAUAAGCAUAUUCAAAGUCUCAAUGUUUCUCUAUCGCACUCUCUCUUCUUCCUGUGUGUCUUCUUCUCUCUUGCUUUGCCCCGUAGCAGCUCUCAGACCUUUAAAAGCAGUGUUUUCCUGCGGUUUCACGGCUACCCAUCAUUGUCCAUCAGUUUGUUGUACGAGGAACUCAUGUGUUGUCACGAACCUGACCAAACAGGUUCAGGGUCAUCCAUGUGACUGGGUGAAAUCAUUUAUUUUCUUUCUCACCCAACAUUGCUUGAAAGAAAAGGGAUUAUCUGAGGAACUGACGUUCAGAUGAAAGUUAUAAACUAGUGUGUUGAAAUUAUAUAGAGAGGCAGAUAACAGACCCUCUUGAAAAGUGUUUUACUUUCAUGGGAAACAACAUUAAAUGUUACUGCCAAACAA